CUAGUAUUCUUACAUUUUUAUAUCAAAAACAAAUUUAUAUAUAUACCAUCUCCUUGUUUAGAAAAACUCAGCUUAAAUUAUAAUCGAUUGUAAAAUAAUGGGCACUCAAUCAGUUAUAAGUCGAGAGAUGGUGCAUAUCCUGCCGUGUGAAAGGGACGAUCGUAUCACUUGCCCCGAUGUAAUAGAUGAUUCUUUGCCAUUCCAAAAAAAUACCGAGAAGACGGAGCCAGAGACUGAAGGCGGCGAGUCUGUAAUAGAAGAAGAGGAGCCUGACUCUGAGGAACUGGUUAAUCCUGAUGCAAAGUACGCCUGGAAUGCACCUUGCCUGAUGGUUAUUUUCGAGGAAAGCGACCUCAGUUCUGCUCUCCAUUAUCUCAUCGAAUCGCUGCAGGAUCCUUUUGCCCUGGAUGCGGUGGCAGUUCUUCUGGUUCAGGAGAGUCUCUUACAAGAACUUGUGGGUCGAGUGGUGAGCCUAAUGAAGCCCCUUGACUCCAGGGUGGCCAAUCAUCCCUGCUACAAACGCACCCUGAAGAAGCUGGCAGAACUGAAGCCAGAGGUGAUUGUGGGACCUGCUGAGAGUGUCUUUCCCGAUGCCACACCCAUGCUGGUGCGGGACAUUCCCCACCGAUAUCUGGGCGAGGGACCCACUGGUAUAAUCACCAUGCACGUCUUUCGCACACCCUACGAUGCCACACGGGUAUAUCGGAAGGAGCAUCCGCUGCCCAUAGCAUCGGUGAGCAUCUGGAGCGAGAAGAUUUCAAGUCUCUACGAUGUGAUGGGCCUGAUGGAUAUUGUUACCUUUCAAAUCAACUGCUUCAAUGUGAACAUGGAGCCCAUCAAGAAGGACUUUGAGCAACAAAGAAAUUGUGUGCAGAUGCAUAAGGGCUAUCACUACGAAACGCUGCAGAUUAAUUACAAUCGAAAGAUUGUUGUCUAUCCGGUGGGAACUAUCUAUGGCAACUGAAGCUAUUUUUGUGAUUAAAUAAAUUAAUUAAUUAUC